AUGAGCGUGUCAGUUCGCUCGGUGCUGGUGGAGGCCCCGACGCCGGCCAAGCAAAAGGGGCCCUACACGUUUGCUAGCCAGCCGAGGGCUCUGUACCACAAUGCCAAACUGCGGAGAAACCCCUCCUGUCUGCACGUAAUAUCGCGUUAUGAAGCGAUGUGGUGGGGUGGUGUGAGGGUAGGUGGAAAGUGGUGUACUUCAGUCUCGGACUGGAUCGCUGAUAAGCUUUAUUUUGCUCAUGAGAUUACACGUAAAGGAAUAAACGCAUUGACACCGAGCUUUAGUUGCUGUCUCGUUAAUUAG